UAGUGGUUCUGCUUUGCAGGCCAAGAACAGCCAGACUUACUAUAUAAAAAGAGCAAAAAAAAGCAAAAUUUCGAAGUGGGAAUCAAAAUAUAAGGAAAGUAAAAGAAUGGGACUUAGAACUCUUCCUCUGUCACCUUCACAAAACUGUUAUUUCCUGCAUAACCAAAGCGUUGAAAGGAGGUCUAAACCUAACUUUAGAGUUUUGGCCAAAUCGGAGAACGGUAAAGAGGAAGCAAAGAAGGGAAAAAAGCAAUCUUUGUUUAGUAGUGUAACUGAAGCUUUAGAUUUUUCACAAGUUCGUUCUGAACAGGAUGCUGAACUUCUUGAAGAGGCCAGAGAAAAAACCAGGUCUGGUGGUAGAAUGACUAGAGAACAGUAUGGUGCUCUUAGAAGGAAAAUUGGAGGAACAUACAAGGAUUUCUUCAAAUCCUACAUUGAUGUGGAUGGCCAAUAUGUUGAAGAAGGUUGGGUUGACAAGACAUGCAAAGUGUGCAAGAAAGAUACAAGAGGUGAGGCACGGCAAGUAGACAAGUUUGGAAGAUAUGUUCAUGUAGCAUGUCAAGAAAAGGCUAAUUCUGGAAACUUUUUUACCAGACUCUUUUCCAGAUAAAGGGAAUUACUGCUUGAAUGAAAUUUUCAUUUUUAUAGAUAAUUGAUACUUAAUAUAAAGAGAAUUGUCUUUCAAUUGUUGUAUUAAUUCAAUGAUAAAUGUCAAUAUUGUUUAAUUUCGCAAUGGAAUCAAUAAUUCUAGUUA